AUGGCUACUGCAGCAGUCCAACACCCGGUUCACCAAUCGUUCGGCAACGAGUACCGCCAAACGGAAUCUGCUCCAAUCAUCGCCACUGAACACAAGAAGAUUGAGAAGCAUGACGUCCAGACUACAUUGAACUUCUAUAAGGACAACGAUGAUGGAUCGCCGCCAGCUCCAACAUAUGUUGGCAAGCCAGAGACUUAUGAGCGACCGGUCAACACACAAGACGUGACGAUCCACGAUGUUACUGGCGACGAAGAUAAAUACACACUGGACAGCCAUGGCUUCCAAUUCGUGCCGAGCGUCAGCGUUGAGAAGGACUUCCUCGAUGAUGAUCAGAUCAAAGAUCGCUAUUAUAAGGAAGUUGAUCAGUUGUUGAAAGACGUCACUGGAGCUUCACGAACAUUCAUCUUCGAUCACACGAUUCGUCGAGCCGUGCAAGAUACCCGCACCGCUUCUGCUGACAAAGACAAAGAGUCGACAGAAGAUGCGGAAGCUGUCGCUGCCAAACACAAGGCUGCUCUUCGUGGACCUGUUCGUCGAGUCCACAUCGAUCAAUCGUAUGCCGCUGCUCUUUCUCGCGUGCCAUUCCAUCUUCCAGAUGAGGCAGAUAAAUUGUUGAAGGGUCGCGUGCAAUUAAUCAACGUAUGGCGCCCCAUCAAAACUGUCCGCCGCGAUCCCCUCACAGUCGCCCAAGCCCAAACCGUCGUCGAAUCGGACCUUGUCCCCAUCGGCCUCAUCUACGAAGUCCGAAAAGGCGAGACCUUGGCCGUCAGACAUAAUGAGAACCAAAGAUGGUUCUACAAGCAUCAUCAAACUCCAGCGGAAGCACUCUUGAUCAAGUGCUUUGAUAAUAAGGCUGGUGUGGAAAGUGAUGCGAAGUAUAAGGACCGGGCAAAGAGAGUCCCGCAUUCGGCUUUUGAGAUCCCGGGCGCGGAGAAUGAGGAGGGGAGGGACAGUAUUGAGGUUAGGGCGCUGGUGUUUCAUGAGGAUGAUGUGGAGUGA